CACCAAUCCAGCUCAACAUUGCUUCGAUGGCGGAUGCAAACCUCCAUGAUGGCAGAUGACAUGGACGUCACGCCGCCUUCACCCCGUGGCACGAAACGUAAAGGCGACGAUAUCCUGCCUCUUCCGGCACCACGGCGGAUCAAAGCACUCGCACAGGAUGUUGUCAACAAGAUUGCGGCAGGAGAGAUUAUCGUUGCACCAGUGCAUGCACUGAAAGAGCUAAUUGAGAAUGCUAUUGAUGCAGGGUCAACCGCGCUGGAGAUCCUAGUCAAAGAUGGCGGUCUCAAGCUGCUACAAAUCGCAGACAAUGGCCACGGCAUCGAUAAAGAAGAUCUGCCAAUCUUGUGUGAGCGUUUCACAACGUCGAAGUUGAAAGCAUUCGAAGACCUUACCUCUAUCGGCACAUAUGGCUUUCGAGGAGAAGCGCUUGCAAGUAUCAGUCACAUCGCUCACUUGAAGGUCACGACGAGAACGAAGGAGUCUAGUUGUGCUUGGGAAGCUCACUAUGCUGAUGGUAAGCUGGCUAGCCCCAAGCUAGGGCAGAGUACCGAACCAAAGCCCAAAGCCGGGAGACAGGGCACUGUCAUCACGAUUGAGGACUUGUUCUACAACGUUCCUUCAAGACGACGUGCUUUUCGCUCGGCCAGCGAGGAGUACGCAAAGAUCCUCGAUCUGGUCGGUCGGUAUGCUGUCCAUUGCGCUGGCGUAGCAUUCUCAUGCAAGAAAGCUGGCGAUAACUCUGGAAGCGGUGUCUCUGUUCCUGCUGCCGCUGAGACAAAAGACCGCAUACGGCAGAUUCACGGCAGUGCAGCAGCAAACGAGCUUGUCCGUCUCAAAGCUGAAGACCAGCGCUGGGGCUUCAAGUGCGAGGGCUGGGUGAGCAACGCAAACUACAGCUCAAAGCGCACGAGCCUGUUGCUCUUCAUCAAUCACCGAUCCGUCGAUUCACAAAUGAUCAAGAAGAACGUUGAACAGACUUACGCUACCUUCCUGCCAAAAGGCGGUCAUCCGUUCGUGUACCUCAGCCUCGAGAUCGAGCCGCAGCGAGUCGACGUCAACGUGCAUCCAACGAAACGCGAAGUGCACUUUCUGAAUGAAGAUGAAAUCGUCGCCAUGAUUUGCGACGAGAUUCGCGAGAGUCUAAGUAAGGUCGACACAAGCAGGUCUUUCAUGACGCAGUCGCUACUUUCGAACACAACUAGGAAAGUCUCAAUUGUCACGCCCAUGAAGAAAAUAAUCCCAGCGACACCGAGCAAAGACGAUCCACCGGAACGCAGUGUCUCGCACGUCCCAAGGACGGUGACGAAGAGGGCGAAUGAGAACAACCUUGUUCGUACAGACGCAUCAGCACGCAAGAUUACGUCGAUGUUACGACCAGAGCGAACUGUUGAAGAAGCAGCUGCUGAGGGCGACGAUGAUGAUAUGAAGUAUGAGUACGUGGAACGAGAACCGAUGGCUUGUCGUCUGACUUCCAUAAAAGAGCUGCGCGGCGAAGUGAGAGACGCCAUGCACAACGAGCUCACAGACAUAAUCUCGACACAUACAUUUGUCGGGAUCGUGGAUGAGCAGAAACGGAUCGUGGCAAUACAGGGAGGCGUGAAGUUGUUUCUCGUCGACUAUGGCAUGCUCUGCAACGAGUACUUUUACCAAGUCGGGCUUACAGAAUUUGCCAAUUACGGCCUAAUACGUUUCAAUCCACCACUGCCUCUACAAGAUCUGCUUGAGGUGGCAGCCAACCAAGAGAUGAAAAAUUCCGGCGAUGCUGCGGAUGAAGUUGACUGGGAUGAAGUUGUUGACAGCGUGAGAGAGCUGCUGAUCGGUAAAGCACCACUGCUAAGCGAGUACUUCUCCAUUGAGAUCACUGCAGAAGGCGAGUUGUGCUCCAUACCCAUCCUCACCAAGGGCUACACCCCCUCGUUGGCAAAGCUUCCAGAGUUCCUGCUGCGUCUUGGCCCCCAUAUCAACUGGGAGGAUGAGAGGGAGUGCUUCAGGACGCUCCUGCGUGAGCUGGCUUCAUUCUAUACACCUGAAAGCUUACCACGACUGCCUUCCAAGUCGGCAGAGGACAACGGCAAAAGGAAGGAUGCAGUCAUCGAAGAAGAUUCAGAGAUUGCGUUGAGACGUCGAAAGGUGAGGAAAGCGGUUGAGCACGUCAUCUUCCCAGCUUGCAAGGCACGACUGGUGGCCACGAAAGGACUGCUGAAGGGUGUCAUGGAAGUCGCCAACCUGAAGGGACUUUACAGGGUCUUUGAGCGUUGUUAGAGACAGGGCGACGGUGUAUGGCGAAAGGAUGUGCCAUCAACGUGGACCGAAAUCGUGGAGGGACUCAGCUAUUGUAUUCUUAUGAACAAUAUUGACUAAAGCGGUGAAUUGGCUUUAUUCAUCUGAGCUGUCAAGACUGUAGUUGUGCGGUAUGUAAGCG